AUGCCCAACAUUCAGAAAAAGUGUGAAAUUUGUGGAGGGCAAUUUACUGACAAGUCGAAUUUGUCUUUCGAGGAAAUGAUUGCUAAUUGGUUAGAUGACAAUCCCGAAUUCGCCUUUAAGUAUUUCGUCAAGUCUGCCUCUCCGAGUAUGGUUGAGGCUUGGGCGAAUGGACGAAAUAAUUGUGAAACGGAGUGUCUAUUUGAUAACUCUACGAUCACUGCUAUGGAGGAAGUACAUAGGAAGAGCAACAAUAAAAAUGCGGCAAGCACUACUCCUUCAUUGCCUUUACGUAAAAUUAGUAGCCAAGAUCUUGAGUUAACAUAUGAUAAGCGCAUACUAUCUUCAAAUAAAGAAGGAAUGCCCACAUUCAUCAAUUCGGUUUUCUUCUCAUUUGGAGCCGCUGAGCACAAUGACGUCAACAUUAGCGUUCCCCAAAAAACUACUAUUUCUCCAUGCCGCUCAUCUAAACCAACAGAAAGGGACUUGAUAAGUGAACUUACGUUAGACAUCUAUCAUGAGCUUGAUGUCACUUCCUUAUGCUUUAAAAUCGUGCAGAAUGUAUGUAAACUAAUUGAUGCUGAUCGAGGUUCUUUUUUCCUUGUUGAAAAGUCGCGUUCAACUGGUGAGGAUGUUCUUGUCAGCAAACUCUUUGAUAUCACACCGGAUUGCUCGUUGGAAGAUGUUUUGCAAAGAUGUUCUUCUAAUCACAUCACUGUUCCUCUUAACGCUGGGGUUACUGGUUACGUCGCACGUACUGGAGAGUAUGCCAACAUACCAGAUGCAUAUGCAGAUCCUCGUUUUAAUGAUUCUGUUGAUCGUAUAACAGGUUACAGAACACAUUGUCUCUUAUGCAUGCCUAUAAAAAAUGUCGAUGGAAAAGUCUUGGGUGUUGCAUUAGUCAUCAAUAAGAAAAAGUCUCUGGAUCAACGACAGCGAGAAAAUAACCAGGGUAUAGAGCCAGUUCAGUCUACCAGUGAUUCAUGUGAACUGAAAACUAAACACGCCUGGUUCACGGACGACGAUGUCAAAAUUUUUCAGUCAUAUGUUGCUUUUUGUGGCAUUGGAUUACAUAAUGCCCAAAUAUACCAACAAAGUCGAUUAGAAACUUAUCGUAGUCAAGUCCUCUUAGAACUUGCAAGAAUCAUAUUCUCAGAACAACUUGAUAUUACUCGCCUUAUCUAUUCAGUAUUAUCGCAUACUAUAUGUCUGUUACAAUGUCAACGCUGUCAAUUGCUCUUGGUAAGAACAUGUUCUUCGUACAUGUCAUCCUACUCCUCGAUUGACGAGGUGGGACCAUUUCAUGAUCAUUUCUCACAAAUAUUUGAAUUGGCUUGGAAUGAAAAGUUGGAUUCUCCUGAUUUUCAUAACAAAAAGCAUGACAUCAAUGAAGCGCGAUUCCCAGUUCAGUUGGACUUGGCUGUUCAUGUGCUACAAACUGGUGAAUCCCUGAAUGUUAAUUGUAAUGGCAGUAAUAAUAACAAUGAUGCUUAUAAUAAAGUUGAUAAAACUCUUGAAGAGGAUUUAGACCCUGUAUGGAAAAGUCGUUCUAUUCUUUGUAUGCCAAUAAAACAGUCUGAUGGUAAGGUAUUAGCUGUAUGUAUUAUCACCAAUAAGUCAGCUGUUGACUGGAGAAUAAACAGUGGGAUUGAAAAAUUCCCUCAAUCUUUCGGUAUUAAAUCAACAAUGUCGAAUAAUGUUUAUCACCCUUUAACAAAAUCACACGAGAAAGAAGAGGGAAAAGAAGAAAGUGAAUUGUUUUCAUCCGUUAUUGAUUGGUCUGGAAUAUUCACUCAUUCCGAUGAAUUUUUAUUUGAAGCAUUUGCCUUGUUUAUUGGUUUGGGUAUAUCAAAUAGUCAGUUAUAUGAAAAGGCUAUACGAAGUGCAGCAAAACAGAAAAUUAUAAUGGAUGUUCUAUCGUAUCAUGCUACAGCGCCAACAUCUGAAGCAAAACGCCUAGCUACAUCAUUGAUACCAACAAUGAGAUUUUAUCACUUGGAUAAAUUUUCAUUUACUGAUGUGCGAUUAUCCGAUGAAGAUACACUGAAGGCGUGUAUUCGAAUGUUUCAUGAAAUGAAUUUCAUCAAAUCAAUACACUUUGAUCUGCUAUCAUUCGCUCGUUGGCUAUUGUCUGUGCGUAAAAACUACCGUGAAGUUACCUAUCAUAAUUGGCGUCAUGCAUUCAACGUGACUCAGACAAUGUUUUGCAUGUUAUUGAAAGGUGAUUUUCAGUCGGUAUUCACAGACCUUGAAUGUUUAGCUCUUUUAACUGCUUGUUUGUCGCAUGAUAUCGAUCACCGUGGUACCGACAAUCAGUUCCAGAUUAAAACAAUGUCUCCUUUGGCCAAAUUAUAUUCAACUUCAGUGCUUGAACAUCAUCAUUUCAAUCAAUUCAUGAUGAUACUGACGAUAAAGGGUAACAACUUCCUAUGCAAUCUAAAUAAAUCAGAUUAUGAUACCGUUGUCAAACUAAUUCGAGAGGCUAUAUUAGCUACAGAUUUGUCAAGAUAUUUCUCUAGACUACCUAAAUUCCAACAAACUUUAACAAAUUUAAAAGAAACCGGUGACGUCUCAAUGGAUGUGUGGAAAAAUGAUGGAGAACAGCGUUUAUUGCUUGGAUGCAUGUUCAUGACAGCUUGUGAUGUAUCCGCUAUCACAAAACCUUGGCCAGUACAAAAAAUGACAGCUGAAAUGGUAGCAAAUGAAUUUUUUGAACAAGGUGAUUUAGAAAAAGAGCAACUGAAUGUAACACCAGCUGCCUUGAUGGACCGUGAACGCAGUAAUGAGCUUCCCAAAUUACAAGUCAGCUUCAUUGACUUCAUAUGUAUGCCUAUUUAUGAGGCUAUUGUACAAGUGUCUCCAAAUUUUGAACCUUUGCUAAAUGGUUGUAAACGCAAUCGUGAGUGUUGGCAAAUUCUCUCUGAAAACCGUGAAGUCCCUUAUUCGUUAUAUGGAUUAGAUGAUAAUAAAGAUCAGGUCGAACAAACGCAUAUUCCAAGCCUUAAUGCUUCACCGAGUGUCGCAUCACUCGGUACAUUGAAUCCGAAUUCAGCAGAACGAAUCGCAAAGAGUAAACCAUUUACAUCACCGAAUAUUCGUCGUGCUUCAGUAACAUCGAUGACAACAGUCGGUGGACAAGAACCCACGUUAACAAGUCAACCUUCUGUUGAAACAAAAUAA